UUUUCUCUUUCUCUUCUUCCCUUUCGACGCUUUUGUUUACAUUUUGCUUUUUUUUUCUUUUCUUUUUUGUGCUUUUUUCCAUUGUCAUUGUUGUUAAUUCAACCUUAAUUCACCAGAUAAUCAACCAAUCAAUUAGAUGUUGAUGGUUUCAAGAUAAUUCAUGAUCUAUUCCAGAUAAAGUCUCAAAUCCUUUUCCUUUUUUGUUUUAAUCAUUUCUGUCUAUAAACACCAACUUAGAUUUUUAAAUUUCUUCUUCUCCAUUGAUUUUUUUGAUCUUAUGUUUUUAUUCAACGUUUUCGAAAUUCAAGUGACCACAAUUUAGUUAAUUCUGUUCUACUGAAGAAGAAGAGGAAAAAUGAAUGUUCAUUAUCUUCCCAAUGAAAUAUUGGUCAAAAUAAUUCAUUCGCUUACAAAUUUAAACGAUGUUCUCAAUUGUAGACGAGUUUGUCGCCAUUGGAAUAAUCUAAUUCUCAAAUUUGGAACCAAAGUUGAAACCUUAUACUACAACGUUUCUAGUGAUAUCAUCAAAGAUUAUGAAGGUCAAAAUGUCAUAGCUCAAAACAAGCGAUUGAGAAGACGAAAUCUUAAAUUUUUAUUCAGCCUUUUACCCAAUUUGAAGCGCAUUGGAAUUCAUGGUUGCUCUCCGAGGCCUAUCAUUUAUGAUCUUAUUGGUGACUAUUUUAAGCACCUUCAAGGCCUCUGUGUAUCGGACACAACUCUAUCUGAAGAUAGUUUUAUUCGCUUGAUGGAAAGUUUACCAAAUCUUAAGAUUCUGACUUUUUCUAGAAAAGCUAAAGAUUUCGACAAAGAAAUGCCAACUAUCGAUAUAACCCAAGGACUUAAAAUUGCUUCUUCUUUGAAAUCCAUUCAUUUGUCUGGUAAUUUCGAGAUUGAUGAUUCCUUCCAGUUCCAUGAGUCUCUUGAAGAGUUGGAUAUUGAUUUUGUCGACGAUUUUCAUUACUUUAGUCCACUAAAUUAUGAGAAUUUGCUGCAAAAAUGUGUCAACUUGCGAAGACUUUGUGUUUAUGGAUUUUUCCCCUUGAUGGUUGUUUUCCAUAAUACUUUUCCAAAACUCGAACAUUUUGAAUGGAAUAAGAAAGAUGAUUCUCAUGAUUUCGAGGUCCUUGAAUAUGUUGAGACAAUAAGAGCCGCUCGUGAUUUCAACAGUUUACCGAACCUAAAGACUCUUGUGAUCAAAUUUUUUGACGAUGUAUUAAAUUGUGGACUCAAUGAUGUAUCGGAAGAUGAAUUAUUAUAUGCAACCUGUGAUAUGCAAAUGUAUUUAGUGAACUUCUUACCCAAUUUGAAAAAUUUAUGCCUUGACUCGGGAUGUGAUCUUAAAGUGUUGACAGAUAAAUGUCCCAAAAUUGAGCGACUUCAAUUUAACGGAUCUCUUACACCUAAAUUAGAAGACUCGUUAUGCCAUUUAUUUGGUAAUUUGAAACAUCUAAAAGAGCUUCGAGUUGUAAGUCGAUGUAUAACUGUGGCCUGCAUUCGAAUUAUCGUUGAUGCCUGUAAAAAUCUCGAAAGACUUUACCUGGACGGAUCAUUUUCAUCUAAUGAAGGAAGAGCAAUAUUAACCAAAUUAUGUUCUGAACUAAAUCGCGAAAUUAUUUUUGACGAAGAUACUAAAUGCUAUGAAACAUUCUGGCGAGAUGAUUGGUUGAACAAAUUUAUCGAUCCAACUCCGGAAGAUUGUUACUAAAUCAAUGGAUAUAAUUAAGAUAUAUAUGACGUCCAAUCAAAAUCACCAAUCAAAUUAUAAUCAAAGGCUCAUUGUGAUUGUUGUCAAGUUUAAAAACGAAAAGCAAAAUCAAAGUUUUCUCCUCUAUGCAAAAAAGACGUAAACAAAAAUCUACUAUUGCAAAAACUAUCAUAUUUAUCACCUCUAAUUCCUGUAAAUUCAUUCAUGUUUUGACCUUCUUUUUUUGAUCUCAUUACACUUUAACCUUUCAUAGAAAACAAAAACAAAAACAUUUGAAAAGUUUUCAUUCAAUUGUAUUGUAAAUGACAAAUCUUCAACCAUUCAAUUGGACUAUUUGAAUAAUACACUUAUUUUAAAUAUAA